AUGUAUCCAGAUACAGACUCAGGCGAAGAAACACCAGUCAUUUAUACGGCGAUUGCAGGCGCAGCUGCCGCGGCGGCAAUCAAGGUGACUGGCAUACUCAAGGGGCAGAUGAUGGAUGCAUCGUCCGACGAGUACUUCACUGAGGAGGAUUCGUCCUCCGACGAUGCGCAAGAAGAAGACAGCGACACCAAAUACGACAAGGACGGCAACCGUCGCGUACCACUUCUGAGCGACUGGCCAGCACUACCAUCGCCCGCCGCAUCUCGACGUAUGGCGAUUGAGCGAGGCGUCCAAAAGUUCCACCGCAGCCAAGCCGAAUUGCAGAAGUCCAUCGCUGGUGUGAAGAGAACACAGGCCAUGGCAGCUGCUUCUGCUGCCGCCGACGGUGAACACACGACAAAGAGGGCGAAGACAAUAGCCUCAAUGGGCCCGGCGCUGGACGCCGUCGCAAUCCAUCCGGUCCGGCUUACACCGCGGCGGACCAAGUCGAAGCAGCGGCAAGAGUUGAUGGAGGUGACAUGUGACCGGGUCACCCGCAUCCUCGAUCAGUGCACGGGCAUAAUGAAGAGCAUAGAAAAGGAAAUGCGCGACCCUAUUCAGCUGGCCAUGACCGACGUGAGGGUCAAUUUUGGGCCCGAACUGGUACCCUUUGGACUGAAGACCAUUGCAACGGAAUUCAGCGAGACGAGAAUGGACGAAGUGUACAUGAGAUUCUCGCUGCCGAAGAAACGGGCAUACCUGAAAAGCCAAGGGCUCUUGAUCCCUCCUCGAGACUUCAUCAUGAAGAAGGCUGUAGCCGACGUACGGUUCAAUUUUGAGAAUAGACUUGUGCCUGAUGGGCUGGAGAUCGCUUGCCGAAGUUUGAUGGAGCCAGGCAUGGCCGAGAUGUACCUAGUCUAUCCGCUGGCGGCCAAGCGAGCAUACCUGGAGAGAGAAGGGGUCUUGACAGGCUCCCGUACGGUUCAGAAACCUUUGGAUCAAUAUGUUAUGCCCUCGGGCGGAGAGGAUAAGGGCCGUGUGCACGCAACAGCAACCCUCCCACCAGCCCUCCUCCAACGAGCCCGCAACAUCGCAAAAGAACAUGACGCCCUCGCCGCGGCCCUCGAAGCAGACUACGACUCCAAAACGGCCCGCCGCGUAGGCGAGCUCUCGAGCGUCGUAACCGCCCUCCGAGAAUGGGAAAAUGCACAGUCCUCCAUCGCCGAGCUCGACGGCCUUCUCUUUUCCAAGGAUAAAGAGCUCCGCGAAAUGGCCGCCGAGGAACUCCAAGCCACAAACGGCCAGCUCAGCUCCCUUUCGCGCAAGCUAUCCGCCUCGCUCACGCCCAAGGAUCCCUACGCGCACAUGCCCUGCCUCCUAGAGCUCCGUCCCGGUCCCGGCGGUCUUGAGGGCCGCUUCUUCGCCGACACGCUGUUCAAGAUGUACAAGGGCUACUGUGCAAGAAAGGGCUUGCGUGCAAACGUUAUAAAGUACGACAUGGCUGACGCGGCGGGCGACUCCUCCUCUGCGGCGGGCGAGAGCCCCCUCCAGGAAGCCGUCAUCGAGGUCCAGGACCCGGGCGCGUACGACCUCUUCCGCGGGGAGGCGGGCAUGCACCGCGUCCAGCGGAUCCCGGCGACGGAAAGCAAGGGCCGCGUGCACACGAGCGCCGUGGCGGUCUGGGUCCUCCCUUCGUUUCAGGGCGACAACGGCGGCGACAUGGAAGACAUCAACAACCCGGAGAGCGACUUCUUCAUCGACCCGUCCGAGGUCAAGAUCGAGACGAUGCGGGCGCGCGGCGCGGGCGGGCAACACGUCAACAAGACCGAGUCCGCGAUCCGCAUGACGCAUAUCCCCACGGGCACCGUCGUCAGCAUGCAGGACUCGCGGUCGCAGUCGCGGAACCGGGACGACGCGUGGAAGCUGAUCCGGUCGCGGGUGGCUCUGCAGCGGCGUGAGGCGCGCGAGGAGGCCGCCGCCCAAUUGAGGAACUCUGUGCUGUCCAAGCACAAGAUUACGCGCGGGGACAAGAUCCGGACGUACAACUAUAACCAGGACCGCGUGACGGACCACCGGGCGGGGAUCGAUGUGCAUAAUCUGCCCGAUGUGAUUGCGGGGGGCGAGUCGCUGGAUAAGAUUGUGGACGAGGUCAGGGACUGGCUUGUGUCUGGGGAUAUCGAGGCCAUGAUGGCUGACGAGGAGGCUGCCAACGCUGAAGCGAAGAAGGCGCAAAAGUGA